AUGUCAACUGUGGUGUCAAGUUCCAAGAGGUCACGGGGACAAGCAGCAGACAGUGUUGACAGACUCAGCAGCCUCCCAGACCCGCUGCUCCAUCUCGUGAUGUCCUUCCUGCCAAUGCCAGAAGUCGUGCGCACAAGCUUGCUCUCGCCAAGGUGGCGCUAUCUAUGGGCCUCUGUGCCGUUCAUCCACCUAGAUUACAAGGACUUUGUGAAUGGUGGUGAUGAUCUAAAGAAGAGAAAAUUUGAUCAGAACAGGCUGCAGAAGUUUGGGGACCAGUUGCUACUCUUGCGUGAUGGCACUCCGCCCCUGGAUGAAGCUCGGAUCUUCAUCAGAAGUGGUCCAAUUGCUGAGAAAUGUUGUACGUGGAUUCGUCAUGCCAUCAGGCAUAAAGCUCGUCUGCUUCAUGUUUAUGGUCUCUCCAUUGGAGAAGAAAUAUUUUUCGAUAAUAGAUUGAUGAUUCCUUCUCAGCACCUGAAAAGAAUCAGGCUCCAAAUGGUCACUUUGGAUAGCAUAUCCUUUAGGAUGCUAAAUUUUGACUUCCCUGCGCUUGAACAUUUAGAGCUGCAAGAUUGCAAUGUCUGGCCCAUGCAGAAGAUCUCAUCGAGGUCACUCAAGACUAUACACAUAUCCCGCUGCGAUUUCGAGGAAGGUCACGAGAUUUGUGCUCCGAAUCUAAACCAUCUGUCUAUCCUCGACUCAUCAUUUGGAGGUAUCCUUGUAACUAGGGAUCUGCAUUCUCUAGUUGCAGUUUCAAUAUGUCUAGGCAAUCAAGAUAAAAUAUUGGAUCACCGUGUAUUUGAUGGCCUAUCACAAGUCACAACCUUGAAGUUGCAUGCACCAUUACCUGAGCCCACACUCGAGAGGAGUUUGCAAACAUGCCCGGUGUUCAGCAACCUUUCAAGCCUGGUGCUGGGUGAAUGGUGCAUGGCUUCCGACUUUGCUCCACUACUUCUCAUUCUCCGCCGCUCGCCUAAACUAAAGUAUCUGACCCUUAAGCUCGGCACGGAGCAGCGUGGAGAAUGCAAGGCUGCUGUCUGUAAUCCGUCACCAAGGGAGCAAUCAUCUUCGGGCGGUUAUCCUAGCAUCGAGAGGGCCGUGAUCUACUGCGGCAGAGAUGAUCCGGGGGUGAGCGCACUGGUGAAGGUGCUGCUGCCGAUCGUCAUCCCACGCGGGGAGAUCAGCAUCAAAGGUCACUAG